AUGACAACUUCCACAUCGCCCUCCGGUAAGCGCAAACGCAGCGGCUCGCAUUUACCGGCAGCGACGGCCGCAGUGGCAGCACCACCAACCCCGGCGGAGCUUCAGCCAUCUUCGCGCGACGCGUCCAGUGAAGACGGUGACGAAUCCGCCGGACCAGCCGGUGCCGCCAUUGCCCGACACAAGAAACAAAACAGCAUCAACCACACCAUCACCGAGUCGGUUCCGCCAUCUAAACGCGCCCGCAAGAGCUCCAGCGAUGCCAAUGGGACCGACAUUCACCGUGAAGACCCCGGUGAACCGUCCGAGACCACCGUCGCCAGCAGUGAUGUGGAGACGCGGCCUCGGAGUCGUCCCGGUUUGCACAUCGAUCUACCCAAUGGCCGGGAGGAGGAGGAAGAAGAAGAAGAAGAAGAAGAGCACGCUCGGACAAUGCUGCCACCGCAGCGUGGAGGGUUACAAGAUCCGGUCGGUUAUAAGACAAACCCACCGCCGGAAGGUCGGGCGGUGCGAGUGUAUGCGGACGGAGUCUUUGAUUUGUUCCAUCUUGGCCACAUGAGACAGCUUGAGCAGGCGAAAAAGGCAUUCCCCGACGUGUACCUGAUUGUCGGCGUGACUGGCGAUGAAGAGACACACAAGCGCAAGGGAUUGACCGUCCUGAGUGGUGCUGAGCGCGCUGAGACUAUUCGGCAUUGCAAAUGGGUCGACGAGGUGAUUCCCAAUUGUCCGUGGAUUGUGACCCCGGAUUUCCUCUCCGAGCAUCAGAUCGACUACGUCGCGCACGAUGAUCUGCCCUACGAGGCUGCCGAGGGCGAUGACAUUUACGCCCCCAUCAAGGCACAGGGCAAGUUUCUGGUCACCCAACGGACAGAGGGUGUGAGCACAACUGGCAUCAUCACUCGCAUCGUUCGUGACUACGACCAGUAUAUUUCCCGACAAUUCAAGCGCGGUGCGUCGCGCCAAGAGCUGAACGUUUCGUGGUUGAAGAAGAACGAGCUCGAGAUCAAGCGUCACGUUGCUGAGAUCCGAGACAACAUCCGAAUCAACUGGACCAUGACCGGCCAGGAGCUCGGUCGCGAAUUGCGUCAAAUCUGGCAGAACAGCCGACCUGGGAGUCCCGCGCCUACUGCGCGCAACAGUGUUGAUUACGGCAGUGCUCGUGGGCCGCUGGCCAGCCCAACGGGUGGAAACAAGAGUCAUCUGUCUCGGGUUGAGGCGCUCAAUCGACCCGACAGCCCUAGCGUGGGCCGUAAUGAGGACUUUGCGACAGGUUAUAGUUUGGGGUUGAUUGGUGGCGUGAGAGCUUGGAUGGCUCGCAGCCGCCUCUCCUUAGAGACUCCCAGCCACCCCCACUCACCUACAGAUGAGGAUGAGUCGGAGCAGAAUGGGUUCGACGAGAAUGAAACCCGAGGUCGCAAGGCCACGAUGGCCGAGUAG